CUCUACGCCGCCCACCUCCUGCACGUCCGCAGCGGCUCCAUUGCCGGCGACGCGUCCUCGCGCCCCGGGUCCUACAAGAUCAUCGGCAUCUGUCUGGCCAUUGCCUCGGGCGUCUUCAUCGGCGUGUCGUUUGUCAUCAAGAAGCAUGGCCUGCUGCAGGCCAACGAAAAGUACAACGAGGAGGCCGGCGAAGGCUACUCGUACCUCAAGAACGCCUGGUGGUGGCUGGGCAUGACCCUCAUGAUUGUGGGCGAGGUCUGCAAUCUGGUCGCCUACGCCUUCACAGACGCCAUCCUCGUCACCCCGAUGGGCGCGCUGUCCGUCGUCAUCUGCGCCAUGCUCUCCUCGGUGUUCCUCAAGGAGCGCCUGAGCUUCGUCGGCAAGGUCGGCUGCUUCAACUGCAUCGUGGGCUCCGUCAUCAUCGCCCUCAGCGCGCCCUCGCAGUCGUCGGUCGCCUCCAUCCAGGACAUGAAGAAGUGGGUCAUUGCGCCAGGCUUCCUCAGCUUCGCCGGCGUCAUCAUUGUCGCCAGCCUCGUCAUCGCCCUCUACUUUGGCCCCAAGUACGGAAAGAAGACGAUGAUGGUCUACCUGACAGUCUGCAGUCUGAUUGGUGGUCUCAGCGUGGUUGCGACCCAGGGCCUGGGAGCAGCCGUCGUCGCCCAAGCCUCGGGAUCCCACGGUGGCCAGUUUAAGGAAUGGUUUCUCUACGUCCUGCUUGUCUUUGUCGUCGUCACUCUGCUGACGGAGAUUAUCUACCUGAACAAAGCCCUGAACCUCUUCAACGCUGCCUUGGUCACGCCGACAUACUACGUCUUCUUCACCUCGUCCACCAUCAUCACCUCGGCCGUCCUGUUCCAAGGGUUCAAGGGCACGCCCAUCCAGAUCAUAACCGUCAUCAUGGGCUUCCUGACCAUCUGCUCCGGCGUCGUGCUGCUGCAGCUCUCCAAGUCGGCCAAGGACGUCCCGGACGCUGCCGUCUUCAAGGGCGACCUCGACCAGGUGCGCACCGUUGCCGAGAUGGAAGAGCCCGAGUACGAGCCGCGCGCAGACGCUAUCCGCGGCGGCAGUGCCAUCCUGCGCUCGCUCAGCACCGCGCGGUCGCACAGAGAAUUGCAAGAGGCCAAGAAGAUCAAGGAGGAGCACAUGCAGGUCAUUGGCGAAGGCGAAAUGGUCGAGUUUGACGGCAUACGAAGACGCAAGACCAUUGUCGAUCCAAGCAGGCCGCCCACCCGCCACGGCACCGUCGUGACGAGAACCGUCCAUCCGCCCCUGGGCAUGACCCACUUCCCCGGCGAAGACUCGGACGACGACAACAGCAGCUUCCACCCCGGCUUCUUUGAGCGCUUGCGGUCUCGAGGCAAGUCGAACGCGAGUCGCGCCAGCUCGUCCGGCGUCGGCAUGACGCACCUACCCCCCCUUCCGACCGACGGAGCCUCGGACCACUUGGACCACCUGUCUGACAAGGACUACAAAAACCCCUUCUCCCCAGACACGUCGUACAAGCCCCACGACACGCACAUUCAGUUUGCCGACACGCACAUUCAGUUUGCCGAGCUAUCCCCGGCCCACAACGACGACACCCUCUGUCCUCCCAAGCCCCCGCCACAUCAGGCGAAGCGCCAAUUCUCCUUCAACAACGUCUUCCACCGCAACCGCGGCGACUCGGAAGCGAGCGCGUCCGGCAGCAAAAGACCCGUCAGCAGGAGCAGUCGCAAGAACAGCCGCGACGGCUCCAAAGCCGCGCCCGGCACAGAAGAGGAGCGUCUGGGGCUGGUCAAGGGCGACUCGAGCCAUCUCAUGCGCAUCCAAAGCCACGGCAGCGACGAGUUGAACCCCCCCGGCUACACCGACGACUGGGGCAUGGGCGGGCGACGCGCCGACAGCCCGGGCGUCAGUCCGAGCCGA